AUGGAUAAAGGCAUCGGUGGACUUGGCUACCCCGUGGGCGUCAUUGGUGCCGGUGUCGUAGCAGCUCCCCACCUGGUCAGCGGCAAAGUCGGCUACCCCCUGGGCGUCGUUGGCGCCGGUGUCGUCGCUCCCCGCGUGGUCAGCAGCAAAGUCAGCUACCCCGUGGGCGCCAUUAGUGCCGCAAAGUCGGCUACCCCCUGGGCGUCGUUGGCGCCGGUAGUCGUCGCUCCCCGCGUUGUCAGCAGCAAAGUCGGCUACCCCCUGGGCGCCAUUGGUGCCGGUGUCGUAGCAGCUCCCCACCUGGUGAACAGCAAAGUGGGCUACCCCGUGGGCGCCAUCGGUGCCGGUGUCGUAGCAGAUCCCCGCGUGAUCAGCGGCAAAGUCGGCUACCCCCUGGGCGUCGUAGCUCCCCGCGUGAUCAGCAGCAAAGUCGGCUACUCCCUGGGUGCCAUUGGUGCCGGUGUCGUAGCAGCUCCCCACGUGAUCAACGGCAAAGUCGGCUACCCCCUGGGCGCCGGUGUCGUAGCAGCUCCCCACGUGGUGAACAGCAAAGUCGCACAACCCUUAGCUGCUGUGGCCGCUCCCCACCUCCUGCCCGGUGCCGCGUAUGCAGCUGCCCCCUUCGCACCCGCUGUUGCUGAUCCCGGCCCCGAGGUGGUCGCUGAGGAAGGCAUUGAUGUGGAGGUCGAGGAAGAGGCUCCUCUCCCCGUCAUCCCUGAAGUGGCACCAGGAUUUCUGGGCAAUCCUUGCCUCGCCGCACCAGCCCUGCGUCCCAUCUGCAGUCACUUCGGCCAGAAGUGCUGCCUGUCGAAGGGACUCAAGACUCUGGUGAAGAAGUAACUUGACGACACGUUCCGGACAGAUGCCGCCUACCAUCCUCCCCAUAGCUGCCCGCUUACUCGCUCGCUCACACCACCCCCCACCCCAUCCCAUGAAGCGCUUCUAAUUAGAUCAACGUCCAAAUCCACGAGCCCCGUCGCCUCUGUAAAGUCACAGCUCAGCCUCAGGAACCGACCCAUUCCUGCCGGAGUGUUGAAUUGACAUGUUCACGAUCUGAGGUCACAGCUCUGCGCCAGGUUAGGUGCACUCCCGAGGCCAUGGUGCAUUGCGAUACACCAUGCACACACACAAACAGGUGCGCAGGUUCAUGUGCACACAGCUCAGAAUCUGUUGCUGCCACUGCUGAUAUCAAUAAUUCCAUUCGAGUUGAUUCAGCUGACAUUCGAUCAGUCUGCGUGUGCAUGUCAGUCAUCUCAGUCAGUCAAACCCGUUGCACCUCCUGGGUCUGUCGCAUGAUAUUCUCCUGUCAGCAACGAGCCUUCGACACUUCAAGUGAUAGCCUGAAUAGGUACCUGGCCUGACACAGGUGCUGUGGCGAAUGAGGGUUAUUGGUAUUGGUCUGUGUGUGUCGGUGCAUUGCCAAGUCUAAGUUCACCCACCCACCCGCGGACGCAAGCCUUGACUCUCGC